UGGGAUAAUAAUGCCAGGACACGCAAACAGUCCAUACUGGGCGGCUGUGGACUUCGAAAGCGAAGGGGAGGAGGACCGGAGUCCACAACCUACAAAUCGAGUUUAUCUCGAUCCUUGGGAUAACGAAGCUUUUGGGAUGAUUCCGGAAGACAUACCAAACUCCAGUCAAGAACAGACGAUGAAUUCAUUUGCCGGGGAACCAGUUAGCGCGAGUUUUUACUAUGUUCCAACCAAGACUUAUGAUUCCGGUGAGGAACCGAAGCCAGCUAAACGAGUUAUCUAUCCAGAGGAUGUAGUUACGCCAGACUAUUCUGUUUACGGCAGGAGACCUUCCCGAAAUUUGGUACCCGACUACCAUGACAUGCCAAUCUACGGUUAUAGACAGGAACGUAGAAGGUCAAUGUACGCUGAAGAGCCAGUGUACGCACCACAUCCGAUGGUGUACGAGACUCUUUACGCACCUGUUCCAAUACAGCCACCACACGUGCAUCCUAGAGCACGCGUGUCUCUCCAGCAUCAACCGGAGUAUUUGAUAGCUAACGGCUAUGGAAAGCAGAGGCGACAAUCAAGGUUGACUGAAGCGUACGAGCAAUACGCGUACGAAACUCUGUCUCCUGAAUACGAGGACUGGGCCCGGCCGAUGCCGAAGACAGUUCCUGAUAACUUCCAUCUCUCCAGAUACGGACAUCUGCAAAUCGAUUACUCGUGUAGUUGGAAUUCUCUGGAUCGAAUAAUUCGCAACCAAUAAAAUCAAAGAUAAAAAAUUAAGGUAACGUUUUAAUUGUCAGUAUUAUCAUAUUUAAAUAUGAAGUUCUAUAAAAAUAUUUAUUUGUGUCUAAUUCGUAAUUGGUAUUUAUUAAUCGAAUGAAUAAAACGCAUUCCAUACUAUCCUUUAUAAAACUAUACUGACUGUUUUCGAUUGUCCUUUUCAGUAGUAGCUCUGUAGAUAAGUUAUUAUCAAUUCAAUUUUUUGGCUAAACUUUAAAAUGGACAUAAUUAUUGUUAAUAUAGAUUCUGCUGAUUACGUAAUAAUUGUUUAAUAAGCAUGCCCUAGAUUAAGAUAUAAGCAAUUAUUUAUACAAUUCGUUAACCUUAAAUCUGAAUAAACAGUCAUGGUCGAGUUAUCGACGCUCAGAGAUUUUUUAAAGAGUUUAAAUGGAAUUAGGUUCAUGAAAGCGUAUGAAUAAAUAUACAUAAUACUUAUAUUUUCAUAUAUAAGUAGGUAACUAAACUAGGUAUAGUCUAUAUAAACGAACGAGAAAUUUGUUUUGUAUAAUAAUAAUUUGCUCAUCUCGAAUGAACAAAACAAUUAUAUAUAAAAACUUGUUUUAUUUUCAAUAUAAUGUACUUUUUAAGUUUGUAUAUAAUUUGAUAAAAAUUAUAGUUAUAUAAUCAUAUAUAGUAAAUACGAAAAUGUAUUGAUUUAUAAAUGCACCCGCCAAAGAAAAUAAUUAAAAUGUGAUUGUUGAUUGAAA